AUGGAUCAGUCAUCUAUCCUCAGUCUCCUGUCCACCAGGAACCCAACACUUACCAACAACACCAGAGUCCGGUCUUUACAUUUGCCUACAAUGUUUCCUAUAGCCCGUGAGAAUAUAACUCGUUGGAACGAUUUUGAGCUCAUCAAUAUAAAAAACGCGUACGGAGAUUUGCUGAGCAAACCUUCAAACAUCAUCCUAGGGCAAGGAGCCGACAAGCAUUUCGGAAACCAGACCGAGCUCCGAAACUAUGCCUUCGAUUCAUUAAUUUCCGAAUUGCGGCCUCUUGUCUCUGAGAGCGCGCGUGUGCUUGGCCAGAGACUCGGCUUCGCUCCCACCAUCGACUAUCUGCAAGAUGCGCCUUUGGCUGGUCCGCAAGUCGUUGGGAAUGCUCUCCGUCCUAGCCUGUCGAUUUUCGCUGUCACGACUCCUCGCACAAAUCUUAUCACUAGCAUGGUCUACAUCUCAAGCUCCUGGUGUUCCACGGAUAUUGAAACCGAUGGACGACAAUCUAUAUGGCCUAUCCUGCAUCUUGCGCACUACGCCCAGUACAGUGGGACUCGCUACAGCUUUGCGAUGACCGACACGGAAGUAGUCGUCAUUCGUUUCCACUCGCUGGAUGGGGGGGCACUUGGCGCCCAGUGGAACGCGAUUCCACGUAGUGCGUGCGGCGAAGGAACACUCACGAUCAACCUGGCCCUAUGGGCUCUCAUCAUGAUGAGCAUGAACAGUCAACACCGCUCGGUCGUCGAAUAUAAACGAACGAUUCCCACCAAUGCCUGGUCGGCGCACGACGGUUUCUAUUGCAACCGUCUUUCGGGACGCCGCCUCCUUAUCUCCCAAUGGGGGCUGUGA